GGAAUCGCUGUUGAACCGCUGCACUGCGUUUCACUGCACGCACACAAACACACUCACACACACACACACAGACAGCAGAAGUCACCCAAAAGAAUUUCUGCUUACAGCUGAUCUCGGUCGCCAUCUUUUCAUCGCGAAUAUAAACAACACACGCAGUGAGUCCGUGUUGUGCGCGCGUUUUUGGAUGAACCGCUGCCCGGAGGACGCACACAGACUCCGUCUCCUCCACCGCUGCAGAGCUGCACGACACAGCCGGAGAUGACGGCUGAUCUGGUCACCUGAGAGCCUCCGUGUCAGUGGAGAGAGAGCGAUGGGGAGCCAGGGUGGAUUUCCUCACCGGGAGGGAGCGGAGGUUUAAAGGGAGGUGGGCGGGGAGAGCAGCAGAGAGAGGGGCCUUUGCUGAGGAGAUGGACCAGGAGUACGAGAGACGGCUGCUGAGGCAAAUCAACCACCAGAACCUGCCUGCAGAGGCCCAACUGGCUAAGUGUGUGAGCGCUACCUGCAGUCCUGUCAGUGUGAAAUCAGGGGAUCGCUUCAUUCCCACGCGCGCUGGAAGCAACUGGAGCAUCAACUUCCACUAUGCCAAUGAGAACUGCCGCUCCCCAAAUCAGAACCAUAAAGCAAAGGAUGCCACUUCAGACUCGAGCAAAGAUGCUGUGGCGUAUGCGGCCCUGCUAAGGAAUGAGUUGUUGGGGGCGGGGAUAGAGACGGUGCCAGACCCUCACACAGACGACCGGCGGCACGCCGUCCUCUCUCAAGACUCUCACAGCCUUUUUAGGUACACUGUCCACACUAAGAGAGUGCCUUUCGAUAGCGAUAAUGAAGUCUCACCCUACUCCCUUUCUCCGCUUAGUAACAAGAGUCACAAGCUGCUCCGCUCCCCUCGCAAACCAGCCCGUAAGAUCUCCAAGAUCCCCUUCAAGGUGCUGGAUGCUCCGGAGCUGCAGGACGACUUCUACCUCAACCUGGUAGACUGGUCGGCGGGCAACUUGCUCAGCGUCGGCCUGGGAGCCUGCGUCUACCUGUGGAGUGCCUGUACCAGCCAGGUGACAAGGUUAUGUGACCUCUCUGUGGACGGAGACUCUGUUACGUCUGUUUGUUGGAAUGAGAGGGGGAGUCUUGUUGCCGUCGGAACUCACAAGGGCUACGUUCAGAUCUGGGACGCAGCAGGAGGGAGGAAGCUGACCAGCCUGGAGGGUCACUCAGCACGUGUAGGUGCCCUGGCGUGGAACGGAGAGCAGCUGUCGUCGGGGAGUCGGGACAGAGUGAUCUUACAGCGGGACGUCAGGACCCCUCCUACGGCUGAGAGGAGGCUGCAAGGUCACAGGCAAGAAGUGUGUGGUCUCAAGUGGUCUCCCGACCACCAGCACCUCGCGUCCGGAGGCAACGACAACAAGCUGCUGGUGUGGAACAGCUCCAGCCUCCUCCCCGUGCAGCAGUACAGCGACCACCUGGCAGCGGUGAAGGCCAUCGCCUGGUCCCCCCACCAACACGGGUUGUUGGCGUCGGGGGGCGGCACCGCCGACCGAUGCCUGCGCUUCUGGAACACGCUGACGGGUCAGGCGCUGCAGAGCACAGACACCGGCUCCCAGGUCUGCAACCUGGCGUGGUCCAAACACGCCAACGAGCUGGUGAGCACUCACGGCUACUCUCAGAACCAGAUCCUGGUGUGGAAGUAUCCGUCGCUAACGCAGGUGGCCAAGCUGACAGGACACUCCUACAGAGUGCUCUACCUGGCUGUGUCACCAGACGGGGAGGCCAUCGUUACAGGAGCCGGGGAUGAGACACUACGUUUCUGGAACGUCUUCAGUAAGACGCGCUGCACAAAGGAAUCAAAGUCAGUGCUGAACCUCUUCACGAGAAUACGAUAGUGAACCUCCCGGGUCAGGACUGGUUUCUGGAGCCUCCUGAGCCGUGGUUGAAAUGCACCUACGCCACUCACAGACUAGCCUCUUAGAGCCAUCUCAUCUCAGUGCACCAACCACCACUACGUCUCCUACAGAGGACGCUGUCCCAACUUCCAACAACAACAACAACAACAACAACUGCCAUCCCUCACGGUGACGUCACUGGUUAAACAAAACAAAACAAGCAGCCUAUUGUCAGGACAUGUUGUCUGCUUUAAAAAGUCGGUCUUGUUUAUCUUUUUUUUCUGUUGUGAAAGUGAUGAAAUUGUUUUUAUUAUAUAUUAGCAGAAGUCUACAUGUACAAGAGUUAUAAGCUAUAUAAUGUAACGACGUCACAUUUUUAAAAGAAGCCUGACUCGGGUGUAUGUGUGUAUAUGUAUGUGUGUGUGUGUGUGUGUGUGUGCGUGGGAGGGGGGGUUUCUAUAUUUUGAUAAUGUGUGAAUAUGAUCUAAAAGCAGCAUACAAGAGAAGAGAACAAUAAAUAAGUGAACACACACACAGUUGCUCACGCAGCUGCAAAGAA